AUGGAAAAUCUUUUUGAUGAUAUUGCUCCUACUCCUCCUACUACACGUGCUAGACCUGGUGCCAGGUUUGCGCCUAAGGCUAAACCGAAGCAACCGCCUCCAAAGAAUGUAUCUGCAUCAAACGAUGACAACAAUGUUCAUCUUGAUUCAUCUGCCACUCACAAACAAUCUGAAGGAGUUUCUAACAAUGUAAGUUCCUCGGCUGAGGAGCCUAUCAAGUCUGGUCUCAAUAACGAUAAUCAAUUGAAUAAUGUGGCUGAUCCAUCUACUAUCUCCUCAACCAUAGUUAGGAUGGAAGAACUGCCUAAAAUUGGGGAAGGUUCAGUUCUCAGUACGGACAAAAGUUUGCAAGUUAUUGAUAAUUCAUUGGAAGUUAGCUUAAACGCGGGCUUCAAAAGUGCUUCAGGAGACACUAUCACUGCAAUUCCUGAGAGUAACAUUCAUUCAAAUUUUGAGUUUGGAAAGGUGGGGGAGGUAUUGUCUGCCGAAAUUGAGUUGGAUCCUUUCAGCAUUAUCCUCCCUGAUAAUGGCAUUGGGAAUGCUCGUAAGUUUCAACCCAAGGUUAAGCCACGACCUAGAGUCAGCAAUACACCAGCUAUUGCUUCUGCUUCAUCUGGUGGCAAGAGUAGGCCGGAAUCACAGGAAGGUGCAGAGUUGAAUCCUGACUGCGAAAUGAGUAGUCCCACAUUGGCUGACUUUUUGCAGCAAGACGGGACUGGAGAGAAAGAAGUCACUAUUGAGACAAUAAAAUCUCCAAAGAAGCAUAAAAGAUCUUCUACUACUGGCGUGGAGGAUAAAGGUGCUAAAACCUCAAGGCAGACAAGAAACAAAGCAGCUCGUAAACUUGCUAUAAGCUCAUUGAAUAAGGCUAUUGAGGAUGAUGAUGUCCUCGACCCUCCUUAUGAUUUUGCUGGAGAUGAAGUUGAAGAAAACAAUGAUGAGGACGAAGUGGUUUGUUCACCCAAAAAGAAAAAAGCAUCAACAAAUUCAAAGAAGAAAUCUCUGGCUAAAAAUGGAAAAACAUCUGGAAAACGCAAGAAGGCUAAUGGUGAUAUUGAAAAGGUAACUGAUGAAGCUCCUAAAAAGUUCCCGCAUUCAUCUCGGCGAAGAAGAAGUGUGGACAAGGCUCUGCUGGAGGAUGAAUUUCUUGAUCAGCGAACAUUACCUAUUAGGGAUAUUAUUUUACUUGCAGAGUAUAAGGAGCGAUUAGCGAAAAAGGAGGCAGCAACUUCUAAAACAUCUUCCACCAAUCAAAGUGAUGGGGAUUUUCUUCAUGAGGUUGAUGUUAAUAAUGAAGAGGAGUUUUUUGGUUCAGAUGAUGAAUAUAGAGACCCUGAUGACGAUGAUCAGGUAAGUGAGAGGUUUACAUCCACUGCCCCCUUAUUGAAUUACCAGUCUUUCAUGGACAAGGCACCUAGGGGAAAAUGGUCAAAGCAAGAUACUGAAGUGUUUUAUGAGGCUGUUAGGCAGUUUGGCACAGAUUUUUCUAUGAUACAACAGCUUUUCCCUGAUAAAACGCGUCAUCAAGUUAAGUUGAAGUACAAGAAGGAAGAGCGGCAACAUCCUUUACAGUUAUCUGAUGCUGUGAAUAGUCGUUCAAAAGAUCUCUCUUUUUUUAAAUUGGUGGUUGAGAGGCAGAAACAAAACUCUAAUAAGGAAGAACAAGAUACGGUUGAAGAUGCCUCAGAUUUAAUGCUGGGGGAGGAGGCUGAGAACCCGACAUCGGAAACUAAUGAAGAGGUUGCAACAACUAAGCAGGAGCUGGAGCAGGAUCACAUAGAUGUUACAAAUCAAGAAGAUUCUAUGGCAUAUCCAAUUCCAGAGCAAUCUGAUGAUAGUGAAGACGACUUACUAAAAUGGUCACAGUAUCAAAGUGCUAUUUAG